GUGAGUGGACGUGGACUUAAAAAAUAUUUACCUUUUUUUUAUUUUAGUCCUUUCGUGUUCAUUUUGGAAAUGUAAUAACACAAGCCACAACUUGAAUAAAGAUAUAUGUGUUACGAGUGAUGACGUACUCAAUGUACGAAACCAAUGACAAUUCCGCGACGCUUUGAGGCCCAUCUAACGAUCUACGAUCGAUGCCUACAACGAACAAACAAACAUCAUUAUUUUAUUAUUAGAUAUUCCUUAUCAAUUAUUGUUGCAUAAUAUUAUGCAACUAAUUACAACAUAAUAUGCAAUUCCAACAUAAAUUGUCGUCACAUAGAUCUGUGCCAUUCAUUCCAACCAUAGUGCUCCUACUUGAGACAUCUAUGAGUGCAAAGUUCUGUAGAAGACAUCAUGGCUGUUACCAUCGUGCUGAAAUUACGAAAGGACUUGCUUCAACAAGGUGAGGAUAACCAAGAAAAAGUUUUUACUGUUGAUUUAAGUCCUAAUAACCAAGAAACUCGUAAUGCUGGUCAAUCUUUGCCAACACCCAAUUCUCAAUUUGAAUAUUUACAAGUGAAUCCACAAAGUGAAGGACAUUUGGCAGACGUAAGGUCUAGAAAUAAACAGAGAAGUAGAACUCGGUGUCAUUCUAGAGGAAGAUCUCGAGGUCGUUCCAGGGGAAACUCCCGCAGCCGUUCUAGAGGAAGAUCUCGAGGGCAUUCCAGGGGCAAGUCCCGCGGCCGUUCUAGAGGAAGAUCUGGUGGGCAUUCUAGAAGAAGAUCUCGUGGGCAUUCUAGAGGAAGAUCUCGAGGUCGUUCCAGGGGAAACUCCCGCAGCCGUUCUAGAGGACGAUCUCGAGGGCAUUCCAGGGGCAAAUCCCGCGGCCGUUCUAGAGGAAGAUCUCGUGGGCAUUCUAGAAGAAGAUCUCGAGGACAUUCCAGAGGAAGAUCUCGCGGACAUUCUAGGGGAAGAUCUCGCGGAAAUUCUAGAAGAAGGUCUCGUGGUCAUUCUAGAGGGAAAUCAAGAGGUCAUUCGAGAGAAAGAUCUCGUGGCCAUUGCAGGGGCAAUAGGCAUGCGGAAGAUCGAUCCCGAGGGCAUUCCAGAGGUCACUCUAGAGAAAGGUACCAUGACCUUAGUGGAUGUAACCAACAUAAGAAUGGCUGCAAUGGAAAUAAUAACGCGGCGUGUGUUCCAAACCAGCCUUCUGCAGAAAAUCCGUCGAUUUAUCUUGGCUAAACAACGAAUACACAGAAUAUAUCUACGAAACGAACCUUAAAUAAAAUAUAUCUACGAAAUGAAAAAUUAGAACUUAGAGUAGUGAUAUUAUGAUGGUUUUAAUAUACUUAAUUGAAUUAUAGUAGAUAGGUAAAUUAAAAUAUAAAAAAAAUAACAGAAAAAGGGAAAUAAAAGGAUAUUUGUUUCGAUUUAAUGAAAAUAAAAAAUGUUUAAAGUUAAGUGAUAUUAGUAGGAUACUCUAAACUAAAAACUAAUUAAGAUUAAGUUUUAAUUUGUAGUUACUGAUAAGUAUAUUAUAAUAUAGACAGCUUUUAAAACAAUAUAAUAUUACGUAUUAUUUUGUAAAUGUAAUGCAAUAAUGUCCUUGAUCGAUACAACUGUCUAUGAUUGUUAUCAGUAAUUCAAUAUCACUUAACUGCAUUGUGUUAUUACCGUAAAAUUGCAUAACUUUUGUAUAUUCUACUUCAACAACAAUGCUUAUUUACCCGAUUGUGUUAGAAAUAGUUGAUAUAAAUGUACGUAUUGUAUAUUUUAUGAAUUUAGUUUCAAAUGUAAGUUAUCGAGACGCACAGAAGUGCGUCAGUCAAAUAAAGAGCGACCUUUACACCAGAGGUUCCCAAACUGUUUUUUCUCAUA